CAGGCGCCUCUCGCCGCAGCCUCUCGUGUUUGCAGCUUUAGUACUUGGUGUAGUAUAUAUAGAGUACAGCUGGGUGGGCAUCUGAAGCUGACCUGCAACGACACGAUCUUCUGUCACGCCCUGUCACGCCCUUUCACGCCUAUCCAUUCUUCAGUGUCCAUCAUUCACAGGCAGGUCCUGGCUCAAUCACGACCCAUACGUAUAAAACAAGUCCGUCCCCUACCGAUCCCCCGAACCUCUUACUCACUCUCUUCUUUCACAGCGAACAAGAACACGGCCCUUUCACGCCAACAGCACAUCUGCCUGACUGGCAGCCCCACACUCAUUUGACCCCCUACUCUUCUACCCCCUUCGCCCUCUGUCAAUGCACAUCAUGUCGCUGCUGGUUAGCAACUCGAGUGCCACAGCCAUUGCUCACAGUGUUGCGAGCAACAUGUUGAUGACCGCCACCUUGGCCUCUGCUUCUGCCACUGCGACGGCAGUCAACCAAACAGAGAUCAUCGCCUUAGAAAAGGCCGAUCAGGCCUCUACAAACAUGGCCAUGCCAGGCAUCAUUUAUCUCGCAGCAGGUGGACUUCUCAUCUUUUGCAUGCUUCUUGGCCACGCCCGUUUCCUUGCCCGGCUUUUCGCCUCAUUCCCCAAGUCCGAGUUUUGGCCCUCACCAAAGUCAUCUGGCGGUUUAAAAGUCACGACCACUCCCGACCUCAGCGCGCGCGCAGUAGGCGGAGGCGACCUCAAAACCGGAUGGCUGCUAUCCAAGGGCCCCGAAAGACAUAUCGAAAUCUUCUCUCCCUGUACGCCUGCCACUGCACAGACGUCUGGACCCUUCUCUCCCUACCACGAUGCAAAGCAGCACGGCAAUUUCCCCUCGGUAGCCCGACCUCGCUUGCAGCCUCCUCCUCAUAUUGUGCCCCUCCUUCACUAUGUCCCUUGGUCGUCGUCUCUCAUUUCGAUGCCCUUUUACCGUCUUCCCGGCCACCUCAAGUCUCUCGCCAGCAUGCCUGCACUGUACGUCGUGCUUGGCUACCUUUUGUGUUCUGCCUUUGCGCUGGUAUGGAAGUCAAAGCUCGCUGUGGCGUCCGCCGACUCGGGCUACGGGUCAGACUAUAAGCGCUCAGGUAUUGUUGGAGUCGCACAGCUUCCGCUUGUGAUUGCUCUAGGUGUGCGAGGCAAUGUGGUCGGCUUGUGUGUUGGCCAGGGCUACGAAAAGCUCAAGCUUUACCACAAGGUAGUCGGCCGGGUCUUUUUCGCGGCUUCCACCGUACACUCUGUCGGAUAUAUGUACACCUGGGCCAGCUCUGGUAUUCUUCAAGCGCAUUCUGCCAAGCCUUUCGCCAUCUAUGGCUAUGUCGCUUUUGGUGCUCUGAUUUUGAUUACCCUCUCGUCAUUGCCAUCCAUCCGGAAAGGUUACUUCAGAUUGUUCAAGUUCUGUCACUUUAUUGGCAUGGUAGCCACUCUUGUUGGCCUUGCCUGGCACGUUGACUCUGCAGUUCCCUACUGUAUCGCGGCUAUGGUCUUCUACUUUGUCUCUGCGCUCUGCAGUCUCACCAAGACCCGUCUGGCUACUGCCCAGCUUCACGCCGUCCCUUCCUCCGAUAUGACCAUCAUCACCAUCCCAGAGCUAAAAUCUGGCUGGCGAGCAGGCCAACACGUUCGCAUCCGCGUCCCCAGCCUCGGUCUCCGCCAAGGCCUCGAAGGCCAUCCCUUCACAAUCGCCUCGGCGCCCAACGGGGAAGGUCUCGUUCUGAUGUGCAAGCGUGCUGGAGACUGGACCACCAGCUUGUUCAACUUGGCUCAGAACCUGCACACUCCUGAUGCCGAGGCCCAGCAAGGACAAGGUGUGACCAUCGUGCUCGAAGGUCCUUAUGGCGGUCUCGGAAACACGAUGCCUUCAUCAUUCUCUUCCGUCGUCCUCGUCUCUGGCGGCUCUGCCAUCACCCACGCCCUUUCCAUUGCCCACGACCUCGUCCUUCGCGCCCCGACCGGCUCUGUUCGAGCGAGGACAGUUGACUUGAUCUGGAUGGUCCGUACAGAGCAAGAAGCCAAACCUCUGAUCUCUACGUUGACUGAACUCGUGGACGAUGCCCGUGCGUGGGAGACGACGUGCAUCGAAAACAUGAAGUGGGGCAAAGCGUAUAUCCCACCGACAGCUCUGCGAGUUAAGAUUUUCGUCACCCGUUGCCCUGCUUCUUCCCCCAUCACCCUCUUGUCUGACAUCCAAACCGGCGAAAAGGUGAAUGUCGAUUUGUCGUCAGCGGACCAAGAAAAGAUGUCAUACCUCGCCCGAAACCCAUCUACGGCAUCGACAAUGACCUACAAAUCCCGCAGAAACCUGCCCUUCUCUAGUAUCACCGCCAACCCCGCUCGACCCGAUCUCGGUAUUCUCAUGUCGAGUAUUGCCGACGAGACGAUAGCGCACCACGGCCGGUCGUUGACCAACCCCAGCGGGAUGUUUGUCUCGACUUGUGGGCCGGAUGGGCUGGUGUAUGAUUCAAUGUUGGCGGUGAAGAAUAUGGAAGAGUAUCGUGCGACGGGGGUGGGUGGAGUGGAGUUUGAAGAGGAGCGGUUUAGCUUUUAAGCAGCUGCAAGUCACGCUCGAAAAGUCGGGGUGGAGAGUCUUUCGACUUGAGCCUGUGUGAUAUGACCCGCAGAUACGGGUGGGCUGGAGGUCUAUGUAUCCUCCCUAGUGGAGGAUUGUGUGUUACUUGGGUUUUUAAGUCAUGCAGGCUAUGGCUAUGUUCACGGCACCCCUUCUUGUUCUGCUCUUCCGGCUCGCUGCGUUCGCAUACUACAUGAUUUCCUUCAGAGAUUUGAGUAUCUACG